AUGAAGAUGCUCCUCCUACUACAUUUGGCCCCCAUUAUCAUGGCUGCAUCGACCAGGACCCUCGCAGUACCAACUCCCAAGGAUGUCGAGGCGUCGAAUAUGGUGCUGACACCCGCUGGCUUGCGCCAUGUCUCUACGGUGCACGAGGUGCCUUUGGGAGGCAGUAUUAGGCACAUAUCCAACUCCACAAUCCACAUCUUGGACGCAACCCACACCAUUGUCAAAGUGGUUAACAUCGACCCAACCGUCACGCCAACCUCAGACGCCGUCGUCCCGGCAGCAAGCGGGUGGAUUGCAUAUGCAUACUUCUUCAACGCUGGUGCCGCAAUUGGCUCUUUCAAGACGACAUGGACCGUCCCGCCGCCCCCAUCUGUUGUCAACAGCCAGUCUAUUUUCCUAUUCAAUGCGAUUCAACCUGUCAGCGAUGGAGUUAUCAUGCAGCCAGUCUUGCAAUGGGGCCAAAGCGCUGCAGGAGGUGGAAAUUCUUGGAAUAUCGCGUCAUGGUUCGUAUCUCCUGGGGGAACCUUUUUUACAACCCUCAUCGGCGUCUCCCCGGGCCAGUCGAUCCAAGGGCAAGUCCAGCUUGUCGGCGCAAACUCCGACAACACGCGAUUCUCGUACCUCUCCUCUUUCACCAACCAACCCGCGACCGAGCUACGCAUCGAUGACGUCGACCAGCUGCGUCUCGCCACUGUCGCUCUUGAGGCGUAUGGUAUAACACAAAGCGGAAAUUACCCUUCAGGAUCAACGACUUUCUCUGGCAUCAAUCUCGAGCUUUCGACCGGGCAAUUCCCUGAUAUCGUCUGGGGGACCUUGAACGAUAAUACAGAUGGUAUUAGUGUUAAUGUUGGGACACAGGGAUCUACUUCAGCAUCCAUCACAAUUAGUUACUAG